CCUUUCAGUUUUCCCGGUACAACCUCAGAUUCUCGAUCGCUCUACAUCCCCUCCCCCCGCCCCCAAAAAAUAAAAAAAACCUAGCCAAGCUCUCCAAUUCUAUCGAUUUUUGGAGUGUUUGACGACUGAUUGUUCAUCUGCGUAACUCGCUGAGGUAUAGAAGAAUAUUGGAGACGAAUUAAAAUAAACUAUCGAUGGAGUGUGUGGUUCAGGGAAUUAUAGAGACACCGCAUGUUGAGGCCCUUGAGAUUCUUCUUCAAGGUCUUUGUGGUGUUCAUAAAGAACGUUUACGGAUCCAUGAAUUGUGUCUUAAAAGUGCCCCAAAUCUUGAUAAAAAUGAGGUUGAUGCUCUUUUCUCAGGGGUUGUAGCUUCAGAGGUUCGGCUCUUAUGUGAUCUUGAGCAGCCUGAACCUACUUGGACUGUUCGACAUGUUGGGGGUGCAAUGAGAGGUGCCGGUGCUGAACAAAUUUCAGUGCUAGUUAGGACCAUGGUGGAAAGUAAAGUAAGCAAGAAUGUGCUUCGCUUAUUUUAUGCACUGGGCUACAAGUUAGAUUAUGAACAGUUAAGAGUAGGAUUUGCCUUUCAUUUCCAAAGAGGUGCUCAGAUAACUGUUACCGUCUCUUCAAUUAAUAAGAUGCUAAAAAUGCAUGGAACCGAUGAGGCAAUGCCCGUGACACCAGGAAUUCAGCUGGUUGAAGUAACAGCUCCUGCAUCAUCUGAAAACUACACUGAAGUUGCUGCUUCUGUGUCAUCCUUUUGUGAAUAUCUUGCGCCGCUGCUCCAUUUGUCAAAACCGGGUGUUUCAACUGGGGUUGUUCCUACUGCUGCUGCUGCCGCUGCAUCUCUUAUGUCAGAGGGUGGAGGUACAACCUUGUAGGAUUGUAAAAGUAGAAAAUAUCAUUUGUUUUUCUAUUGGUGAUGACAAAAUUAUUGAUUUUAGUGAUUAGGCCUAAAAUCUGUUUUUUAUUGUGCUCUCGACUGCUUCCAAUUAGCUAGUUUUGUGACUUGUAUGAACCACAUGUUGCUGCACGCGAGACUCUAGGUUUUUUUUAGAAGGGAUGGGCUUCUAUCAAGACCACUAAGUCUGGAGUUGCUGUUGGGCCUUGUGAGGCCCACCAUGGAACUAUUCAUUGACUAUGCAUGCAUGUAAAUAUGCUAUCAGAAGUGUUUGAUGUGAUUAUGCUAA